GUAAAUCACUGUUUAAUAGUCACGUUCUCUUUUGUUAAUAGGAUAUCUACAUUCAUUUCCAUUGGGUCACUAAAGUAAGUUCAUCCUCUCAUCUGGAUAACUCCGUUUCUUGCGAACCCAAAUCGAGAGUCGGCCUUUGCUGGUGGCCGCUGUCACGACGCCACUUCAGCAAGACUAGAAGCGGCCUGGGCUUCCGUCACCGCCUUCCGGCUGCCGUAGAGGAUCAAAGCACAUUGGACUCCACUCGUAAACCACCCCUCCCGCUCUCGCACCAAAAAAGUGCCACUCUAGCACAGCCUCUGCGGCCUCCCCAUCUCUCUGAUAUUGUUUUCCUGUUUCCUGGUGUGGCAUGAUGGGAGAAGUAGUUUACUUUCUGUGAGCGGCGUGCAGGGAAUGCCUCGAUUCAGAACUUCAUUUCCCGGCGUGCGUCGCGGUGGACGCUCAACCCGCAGGCCGGAGGCCGGUUCCGGUUGCAUCAGCGUGGGAUUCACGGCGAAAUGAGACUGUUCGUGAGCGAGGGCGCCCCGGGGAGCUUACCCGUGCUGGCCGCCGCGGGCAGGGCCCAGGGCAGAGAGGAGCUGCUUAUCAGCACCGUAGGCCCCGAAGAGUGUGUGGUCCCGUUCCUGACCCGGCCUAAGGUCCCUGUUUUACAACUGGAUAGUGGCAACUACCUCUUCUCCACUAGUGCAAUCUGCCGAUACUUCUUUUUGUUAUCUGGCUGGGAGCAAGAUGACCUCACCAACCAGUGGCUGGAGUGGGAAGCUACGGAACUGCAGCCAGCCUUGUCUGCUGCCCUGUACUAUUUAGUGGUCCAAGGCAAGAAGGGGGAAGAUGUUCUUGGCCCAGUCCGGAGAGCCCUGACACACAUUGACCACAGCUUGAGUCGUCGGAGCUGUCCUUUCCUGGCUGGGGAGACGGAAUCUCUAGCUGACAUUGUUUUGUGGGGAGCGCUAUACCCAUUACUUCAAGAUCCAGCCUACCUCCCUGAAGAGUUGGGUGCCCUGCACAGCUGGUUCCAGACACUGAGUUCUCAGGAGCCAUGUCAGAGAGCUGCAGAGACUGUGCUGAAGCAGCAGGGUGUCCUGGCCCUCCGGCCCUACCUCCAAAAGCAGCCCCUCCCUAGCUCCUUUGAGGGGAGGGCUGUCAGCAAUGAGCCUGAGGAGGAGGAACUGGCUACUCUGUCUGAGGAGGAGAUUGCCAUGGCUGUAACUGCUUGGGAGAAGGGCCUGGGAAGCUUACCCCCACUUCGGCCACAGCAGAAUCCUGUGUUGCCUGUGGCUGGGGAAAGGAAUGUGCUCAUCACCAGUGCCCUCCCUUACGUCAACAAUGUCCCCCACCUUGGAAACAUCAUUGGUUGCGUGCUCAGUGCUGAUGUCUUUGCCAGGUACUCACGCCUCCGCCAGUGGAACACCCUCUAUCUGUGUGGGACAGAUGAGUACGGUACAGCGACAGAGACCAAGGCUAUGGAGGAGGGCCUGACCCCCCAGGAGAUCUGUGACAAGUACCACGCCAUCCAUGCCAACAUCUAUCGCUGGUUUAAUAUCUCAUUUGAUAUUUUUGGUCGUACCACCACUCCACAGCAGACCAAAAUCACUCAGGACAUCUUCCAGCGGUUGUUGACCCGAGGUUUUGUGUUCCAAGAUACUGUGGAGCAGCUGCGGUGUGAGCACUGCGCCCGCUUCCUGGCUGACCGCUUUGUGGAAGGUGUGUGUCCCUUCUGUGGCUACGAAGAGGCCCGAGGUGACCAGUGUGACAAGUGUGGCAAGCUCAUCAAUGCCAUUGAGCUUAAGAAGCCUCAGUGUAAAGUCUGCCGGUCGUGCCCUGUGGUGAAAUCCUCUCAGCACCUGUUCCUGGACCUGCCUAAGCUGGAAAAACGACUGGAAGAAUGGUUGGGGAAGACAUUGCCUGGCAGUGACUGGACACCCAAUGCCCGGUUCAUCAUUCGUUCUUGGCUUCGAGAUGGCCUCAAGCCCCGCUGCAUAACCCGAGACCUCAAAUGGGGAACCCCUGUACCCUUAGAAGGUUUUGAGGACAAGGUAUUCUAUGUCUGGUUUGAUGCCACUAUUGGCUAUGUGUCCAUCACAGCCAAUUAUACAGACCAGUGGGAGAGAUGGUGGAAGAACCCAGAACAAGUGAACCUUUAUCAGUUCAUGGCCAAAGACAAUGUUCCCUUCCACGGCUUAGUCUUUCCUUGUUCGGCCUUAGGAGCUGAGGACAACUAUACCUUGGUCAACCACCUCAUUGCUACAGAGUACCUGAAUUAUGAGGAUGGGAAAUUCUCCAAGAGCCGGGGUGUAGGAGUGUUUGGUGACAUGGCCCAGGACACAGGGAUCCCUGCUGACAUCUGGCGCUUCUAUCUGCUAUACAUUCGGCCUGAGGGCCAGGACAGUGCCUUCUCAUGGACAGACAUGUUGCUCAAGAAUAAUUCUGAACUGCUUAACAACCUGGGCAACUUCAUCAACAGAGCUGGAAUGUUUGUGUCUAAGUUUUUUGGGGGCUGUGUCCCCGAGAUGGUGCUUACUCCUGAUGAUCGGCGCCUGCUGGCCCAUGUCACUCUGGAGCUCCAGCACUAUCACCAGCUGCUAGAGAAGGUUCGGAUCCGGGAGGCCUUACGCAGUAUCCUCACCAUCUCUCGCCAUGGCAACCAAUACAUUCAGGUGAAUGAGCCUUGGAAGCGGAUUAAAGGCAGCGAGGCUGACAGGCAGCGGGCGGGGACAGUGACAGGCUUGGCGGUGAAUAUAGCUGCCUUGCUGUCCGUCAUGCUCCAGCCUUACAUGCCCACGGUUAGUGCCACCAUCCAGGCCCAGCUGCAGCUUCCAGCUCCAGCUUGCAGCAUCCUCCUCACAAACUUCCUAUGUACCUUACCAGCAGGACACCAGAUUGGCACGGUCAGUCCCUUAUUCCAAAAAUUGGAAAAUGACCAGAUUGAAAGUUUGAGGCAGCGCUUUGGCGGGGGCCAGCUGGAAGAGUCCUUGGAGUUAAAGGCAAAAGCACCCCCCAAGCCAGCAGUUGUAGAGGCUAUGGCAACAGCUGGACCACAGCAGAUACAAGUGCUGACAGAUGAAGUGACCAAACAGGGCAACAUUGUGCGAGAACUAAAAGCACAAAAAGCAGACAAGAACCAGGUUGCCGCAGAGGUGGCUAAACUCUUGGAUCUGAAGAAACAGUUGGCUCUAGCUGAGGGGAAACCCCUCGAAACCCCUAAAGGCAAGAAGAAAAAGUGAAAGUGAGAGCGUGGCUCAUAGGAAGUCACUUUAAUGGAUAUGGACAGUAAUAAAUAAAUGUACAAUCUCUAUAUA